CCGCAAUCUACCGUGUCGGUAACUAUGAGAAAGCGAAAUGCCGACUCAAUAUGUAUCAUUUUCUCGCGACCUUGAAGCGAAUAGCAUCUUCUUUACAGGUAUUCACGAUGGAGACUCACAUACUUAUGUUGGUAGCCAUCUUUGGGGUGCUUUCUUAUUCUCAAGCAUUCUUACCUCACACUCAGUGCAAACGAACCUAUGAAAAAGUCGGCGGCUUCAUUGAGAAAGGUGAUAGAACACUGACAGAACUACUUCUCAAUGAUCGCGAUAUAAACAGUGAUGAGAACGAUGGCCAUAUACUGGACUGGAAUGCCUUUGAGGCAUCAAUACACAGUCUUGCCUGUCGAUGCGCUGCCAAGGCCAAAGAAAAGGGCUAUAAAGUGUUUGGCCUGCAAUUCUUCGGGGAGUGCUGGAGCGGACCUACUGCUGAGGCCAAUUACGCUAAGUAUGGCGCUGCCGAGGCAUCGAAGAGCUACCAGUUCACUGGGAACCCUCCCCCUCCGUGUGACAAAUCUAAGGAGCAAGAAUGUGUUGGUGGGCCGAUGGUGAACUAUGUUUACCGGCUAAAAGAUGAGCAACAGUCAGUCGAUGUUGAUGGUGGAUACAGCAAGUGGAGUGACUGGACGGCAUGCAGUAAGACCUGUGGUGGAGGUGUUAAGGGUCGAGAAAGGACAUGUACAAAUCCAGCACCAGAAGGCAAGGGGAAAGAUUGCUCCCAGCUUGGACCCGCGGAAGAAACCGCAAGCUGCGCAGAAAAGGCCUGUCCUGUCCCUGCUGUUGAUGGUAACUGGUCGCCAUGGAAACUUUGGACAGCGUGCUCAGCAACCUGUGGAGGAGGAGUUCGAGUACGAGAGAGACUGUGUAACAACCCUGCACCACAGGGUGCCGGGAAGAAAUGUGUAGGAUCCGCUGAACAAUCCGAGGCAUGCGCAGACGAAGCUUGUCCAAUUCCUUGUGUCAAGGCUUUGGAUAUUGGUAUAAUCCUCGAUGCAUCAGGCAGUGUACGUGCUCACAACUUUAAAAUCGCCUUGGACUUCAUUCAAGAUUUGAUCAAGCAUUUCCAGGUCUCACCAAAGGGAACCCACUUCGGAUUUAUCAUCUAUAGCGGAAAAGCAAAAGUGGAGUUCAAAAUGUCUGACAGUCGUUACCAUAACUUCAACAGCAUUAUGGAUCGUAUACGUUCAAUAAGAUACACUGGUGGCUGGACUCGUACGGACCGAGCUCUGGAAAUGGCUGCAACUCAGCUUUUUACACCUGCAGGAGGAGACAGAAAAGAUAAAGACAACAUUCUUAUCGUGUUUACUGAUGGCAAGACGAACCGCGGCAGUAAACCUUACCCACAGGUGUUAAGACCUUUGCAGGCAAAACAUGUACGAAAUGUUGCUGUGGGAAUUGGUUCUGGAAUCAACUUUGACGAACUGCGACAGAUUGCUAUGGGAGAUCCCCACUAUGUUGUCAAAGUCGACAGAUUCUCAGAUCUCAAAAACAAGCUGCAAGUAAUUCUGGAUGAUUCCUGCCAAGGAAUUUCUCCACCAACACCUGAACCAGAGUGCACUGUUCACGGAAAAGCACUUGGUAUGGAGAGUCGAGUAAUACCCGACAGCUCUCUCAGCGCCACAAGCGAAUGGGACGCCAACCACGGUGCCGCUAGAGGAAGACUGAAUUUGAAAGCAGGAGGUGGCAAGACAGGGGCAUGGUCGGCGCGCUACAACGACAAGGGUCAGUACUUGCAAGUAGAUUUUGGAAAAGCAGUCAAGAUAACACGAGUUGCAAGUCAAGGAAGACAGGAUCAUAAUCAGUGGAUCACUAGCUACUGGUUAUCGUAUAGUCAAGAUGAUGGGUUGUACGAUGCAUACACCCCUAUUGCACGCAAGGGAAAACAGAUUUUUGUUGGCAACAAAGAUCGGAAUACCGUUGUUGAACACAAGCUUGAGGUGCCUAUUUUUGCUAGAUAUCUGCGCGUUCACCCUGAAACCUUUCGUGGACAUAUUUCCGGAAGGUUUGAGUUUUAUGGAUGCACCAAAGGAUUCUCGCCUCCAGUUAUCCCCACCUGUAUGUCCGCUCUAGGUCUUCAAUGUGGAAAAAUCCCCGACUCAAAAAUAACUGCAUCUUCUGAAUUUAACUCUGGCCAUCGAGCAGCCAAUGCAAGGCUUUACUUCCAGUCAGGAAAAGGCAGGACAGGAGCAUGGUCGGCUAAAUCCAACAAUAUUCAUCAAUGGCUUCAGGUUGAUUUUGGGAAAGUGGCAAAGAUACAAAAAGUAGCCACUCAGGGAAGACAAGAGGCUAACCAAUGGGUAACAAGCUUCUACUUGAGUUACAGUCGAGAGGGGAUCUUCUUCGAAAAGACCAAGGUUUAUGGUGCCAAUUCAGACCGCAAUUCUGUUGUAGUAACCUCCAUCAAUCCACCUAUCUACGCUCGUUAUGUUCGCAUUCAUCCUGUAGCGUUCUACGGUCACAUUUCUUUGAGAGCCGAGUUCUAUGGUUGUACAUCAGGUUUCGUGCCACCUGCGCCUCGUUGUGUCGCUCCCCUUGGAAUGCAAGGCAGAUCUAUCCCUGAUUCCAGGAUCACAGCCUCUUCAAUGUGGAAUGCUAACCAUUCACCAUCCCGGGCAAGACUCGGUACAGUUAAACAAGGCGCCAAGAGGGGUGCGUGGUCAGCAAAAAGCAAUGAUGCUGGCCAAUGGCUACAGAUAGCUUUUGGCAAAGCUGUCAAAAUCACCAGGGUAGCAACUCAAGGUCGUCAAGAUUAUAAUCAGUGGGUGAAGACCUUCAGCUUACAAUACAGCCAAGACGGAAGCCAUUUUGAAAACUACGAAGGUGGCAAAGUGCUGACAGGAAACGCGGAUAGAAAUACCAUAGUUGGCCAUGUGCUUCUUACUCCUAUAAUCGCAAGAUAUAUUCGCGUUCGACCUAAAUCGUGGUAUAGACAUAUAUCAAUGAGGCUGGAACUGUACGGCUGCACGACAGGCUUCCCCGUCCCACCAACACCAGCUUGUCUAAAACCUCUGGGUGUCCAAAGCAAAAAGAUCUCAGAUUCUCAGAUGUCCGCCUCUUCGGAACUGAACGCUUACUAUGGAGCAAAAUAUGGUCGACUUCAUUUACAAAAGAGCGGAAGAAUCGCUGGCUCAUGGACUGCAUUGCGCAAUAAUCGUCAUCAAUGGCUGGGGGUCGACUUUGGUAAGGUCGCUAAGGUAACAAGAGUUUCCACUCAAGGUAGCCAUGGUUACCGCCAAUGGGUAACAAGCUAUGCCCUGGAAUACAGUUUAGAUGGAGCGGAUUUCAAGACCUACAGAAUUGCAGGAAAACAAAAGAUAUUCGCCGCAAACAGAGACCAACACACAGUUGUAAGUAAUUCGCUUCCAGCUGCCAUCUACGCUCGUUACGUUCGACUACGUCCUCUCACUUGGUAUAGACGUAUCUCAAUGAGAGUCGAGGUUUACGGAUGCACUUCAGGUCCAGAUUUCAAACCACCCCCCGUACCAAAAUGCACCUCUCCUCUUGGCCUACAAAACCACCUCGUCAAAGAUGCCCAAAUGUCAGCUUCCUCUGAGUGGAGUAGAACUCAUCGUGCAGGAUAUGCCAGAUUAUAUGGAUCAGGACAUAGAUCUAAGGCUGGAUCAUGGUCUUCAAGGGUGAACAACGCUGAUCAAUGGCUUCAGAUUGACUUUCUCAAGAAUGUCAAGGUCACGGGAGUGGCUACCCAAGGGAGAGAGGAUUAUAACCAAUGGAUAAAGGACUACUCGUUGUCUUACAGCAGGGAGGGAAUAUUCUGGCAUAAGUAUGAACAAGGUGGAAAGGUUUGGUUGUUCAAAGGAAAUAAUGAUCGCUAUACAGUGGUGCGCCAUCAACUAGAGACGCCGUUUGUUGCGAGAUAUGUUCGAAUUCUACCCAAGCGCUAUCAUGGCCACAUAUCGAUGAGAGCUGAAAUCUUUGGUUGCCGUGAAGGUUUCACUGUUCCACCCGUGCUAUGCGCUUCUGCCCUGGGAAUGCAAAGCAGAGCAAUCCCAGAUUCCCGUAUAACAGUCUCCUCAAAAUGGGAUAGUAAUCAUGGCCCAGAUAGAGCAAGACUUGGUGCUACAAGAUCCGGACGCAAGAUUGGUGCCUGGUCUGCAAAGUCUAACGAUGCAGGUCAAUGGAUCCAAGUAGACUUGGGCAAAGUUACCAAGGUGACGCGUAUUGCGACUCAAGGCCGUUCGGAUUAUAGCCAAUGGGUCAAGACGUACCUUCUACAGUACAGCACCAAUGGGGUACAAUUCUCAAAUUAUGGACUUUUGACCGGAAAUAAAGACAGGAAUACAAUUUCUGGCCACCUCCUUGAUCCUCCCGUUAUUGCAAGAUACAUUCGUGUCCUUCCUAAGACUUGGUAUGCACACAUUUCGAUGAGAUUGGAAGUCUAUGGAUGUACCCAUGCUAUACAGCCUACUCAUCCACCCUGCUUGCAGCCUCUAAGCAUGAAAGAUGACCAAAUGUCUGCCUCAACAAUCUGGCACUCGAGUCACAGAGCAGCCAACGGCAGGCUUAACUUUCACGCAGGACGAGGAAGGACUGGCGCAUGGUCAGCACGACGCAACUCUGCAAAUCAAUGGCUUCAGGUCGAUUUUGGAAGAAUGGUUGAGAUAAGGCGAAUCGAGACCCAGGGUCGACAAGAUGCCAACCAAUGGGUCAAAACGUAUACAGUUUUGUAUAGUAACGAUGGGCAGUUUUGGAGAGCCUAUUCCGCUGGAGGACGUACUAAGGUAUUUAGUGGGAACUUUGACCGUUACACCGUGGUUGGUCACAACUUCGAACCUGCGAUCGUCACUCGCUAUAUUCGAGUAAACCCAACCGCCUGGCAUGGUCAUAUCUCCAUGAGGCUUCAAUAUUAUGGCUGCACCUCAAAUAAAGUAGUACCUCAAGAAACCUGCCGUGUACCUCUAGGAAUACAGAAACGAACCAUCCCUGAUUCCAGUAUCACAGCCUCUUCAAUGUGGAAUGCUAACCAUUCACCAUCCCGGGCAAGACUCGGUAUAGUUAGACAAGGCGCAAAGACAGGCGCGUGGUCAGCAAGAACGAAUGAUGUUAACCAAUGGAUACAAGUAGAUAUGGGCCGAGUUGUCAAAGUAACUCGUAUCGCAACACAAGGUCGUCAAGAUUAUAACCAGUGGGUAAAAACCUAUGCAGUGCAAUACAGCAUGGAUGGAGGUCAUUUUGAAGACUACCAAGGAGGUCGGGUUUUAACGGGAAAUAGUGACCGUAACAGUAUAGUUGGCCAUAGUUUGGAGCCCGCCAUUAUUGCAAGAUACAUCAGGAUCCGUCCCAAGUCUUGGUAUGGACACAUUUCUAUGAGAUUCGAAAUCUACGGUUGCACUAGUGGAUUUCCAGUUCCUACCAGCCCAGCGUGUGGAUAUGCUCUUGGUCUUCAAUCGCAUGGUUUAAGAGAUUCCCAAAUGCGUGCCUCCUCUGAAUGGAAUUCCGGUCACCGGGCAGCUAAUGGUAGGCUACAUUUCCGUGCUGGUGGAGGAAGAACGGGAGCGUGGUCCGCUAAAUACAAUAAUGCUGAACAGUGGCUCCAAGUAGAUUUUGGAAAAAUUGCUAAAAUCAUCAAGAUAGCUACCCAAGGACGUCAAGAUGCUAACCAGUGGGUGAAGAGUUACACGCUUUCUUACAGCAGAGAUGGUGUGUUCUGGAAGAAAGUUGCCUUUCUGCUCUUGGAAUGCAGAGAAAAACUAUCCCUGAUUCCAGUAUCAAAGCCUCUUCCACGUUUGAUGCUAACCAUUCACCAUCACGGGCAAGACUCGGUACAGUUAGACAAGGCGCCAAGAGAGGCGCGUGGUCGGCAAAAACCAAUGAUGCUGGCCAAUGGAUACAAGUAGAUAUAGGCCGAGUUGUCAAGGUUACUCGUAUCGCAACACAAGGCCGUCAAGAUUAUAACCAGUGGGUAAAAACCUAUACGGUGCAAUACAGCAUGGAUGGAGGUCAUUUUGAAGACUACCAAGGAGGUCGGGUGUUAAAGGGAAAUAGUGACCGAAACAGUAUAGUUGGCCAUAUUUUGGAGCCCGCCAUUAUUGCAAGAUACAUCAGGAUCCGUCCCAAGUCUUGGUAUGGACACGUUUCUAUGAGAUUCGAAAUCUACGGAUGUACAAGUGGUUUCCCUAUUCCACCAACGCCAUCUUGUGCUGGCGCCAUUAACCUUGGGGACUGGAUGUUGUCUUCUUCUUCGGACUGGAAUUACAAUCACAGAGCUGCAAACGGCAAGCUGGACUUCGUUGCUGGAGGAGGAAGGACUGGUGCCUGGUCUGCACGUCAUAACAACGCCAAUCAAUGGCUGCUUGUCGACUUUGAUCGAGAGAUGAAGAUUACACGCAUUUCUACUCAGGGUCGUCAAGAUGCUAACCAGUGGGUCAGGACCUACACGGUAGAAUACAGCCAAGAUGGCGUCCGGUUUACCCCUUACAGUGUGGGCAAAGUUGCGAAGAUAUUUGCUGCAAACACCGACCGUCAUUCAGUUGUCAGCCAUAAACUCCCAACACCGAUUGUGGCUCAGUACGUUCGUUUGAGGCCUAAGUCUUGGUACAGUCACAUCUCCAUGCGAGUGGGGAUGUAUGGAUGCCCAACAGGUAAAAAGCCGGCAAGUCCUCCUUGUCAUCAGGCAAUGGAUGUAGGAGUCAUAAUGGAUCGAUCAGGUAGCAUUGGGGCCGAGAACUUCAGGAAAUCUCAAGACUUUGUAGCAAGUUUGAUCAGCCAUUUUGAGUAUGCGUCUUCAGGCACUCGUUUCGGAGUCAUCGCCUAUAAUGCAGCGGCAAACACCAUCUUCAGAUUUAAUGACGCUGCUGUACAGAAUUCUAAAACCUUGAUGAAUCGCGUUUAUGGUAUCAAGUACUUGCAAGGUGGAACGCGUACUGACAGAGCCUUGCAACUUGCCAAUAGUGACCUGUACUCUUCGCGUGGUGGUUACCGUAGCAACGUACCAAACGUAUUGUUUGUUUUGACCGAUGGCAAGACCAACCGAGGAAGCUUACCUUAUUCCACCGUCCUCAAGCCUUUGUUGGCCAAAAAGGUGAAAAUGAUAGCCGUUGGCGUUGGUAAAGGAAUAAAUGAUAGUGAGCUUCGACAAAUCUCAAGAAAACAUGUUUUCCAUGUCAAAGACUUCAACGCUUUGUCAGAGAAAUUAAAGGACAUUCUUGAUGCUUCCUGUCCCUGAAAUUAAGUAAGAAAUUGAAAAGGAACCAAAGGCAUAAAUGACAAAGGAUUUCCCAUCUGAUUGAUUUAAAGAUAUUAGUACAAAAAAGUGCUGAUGUAAAUUGUAUGAUGGUUCUCUUACAUUAGUUUCAAAGCAACGAUGGGAUCAAAGAUUCUAGGACCUACUUUUUCACAACUCAAAACAUUUUUUUUUUUUUCAUUUCCCAGGGUCCCACCAUUAAUAAUCAUAGUGAUGUAAGAUACGUAUGUUAUUUGAGUUUACUGGUUAUUGUACAUCAUGGCCAUUUUUUUCACAUUUUACUUUUCUUGUUUCAUCAUUUUAAUCUCAAUUUUAAUCAUUUAAAUCCCUUUUCUAAGAGAGCUUGUUAUAAGUCUUUUGCAAACUAGACCAGUUUGGAUGACGCACGUGGAUAGACGAAUCGAAGGAAAAUGCUUUAAAACUGUCCACAUUCUGUUUACCUUUAUCUGUAAAAGUAUGGAACUUUUUCCCCAUGUUGUUUUAAAACCCACAUCGUAAGUUAACCAAUCAUCAUUAAGGCUUAUGUACACAUAAAUAUAAACACUUGACCAGUAAUAAAGCAAGCAAACUAAAAAAAAAA